CAAAUUAGAAUGGGUGAGGACCCAGCCCAACCCAAAUCAAAGCUCAAGUGAGGCGAAGUCAGAGAGCUGAGAGCAGCGUGUGUCGGGAGAGAAACAGCAACGAUGGGAAGGAAGAAGGGAGUAGCAGAGUUCGAGGAAUCGCCGCCCGAUGACUUCGAUCCAUCCAAUCCCUACAAGGACCCGGUGGCGAUGCUCGAGAUGCGGGAGCACAUUGUGAGGGAGAAGUGGAUCGACAUAGAGAAGGCCAAGAUUUUGAGGGAGAAGCUCAAAUGGUGCUAUCGCAUCGAAGGCGUCAACCACCUCCAGAAGUGCCGCCACCUCGUUCACCAAUAUCUUGACGCCACUCGUGGCAUUGGCUGGGAGCAAAGGGCAGCGCCCUCCCUCUCUCCAUGGUCCUAAGGCGGAGGCAGCUGCGUCUGAGUGAAGGGUUAUAUUAAGUGAUUAAGGUCCUGCUAUGCUUCAUGUGCCCUGCACCUAAGGCAAGGGAUAUCUUUUUGGAUGUGAUUUGUCAACUCAUUCAUGACUAAAGCAAAAAGACAAGGGCUCGAGGUCCAUCCUUGGAGCAGUCUGAUUGUGAUGUGAAAACCUUUUGUAUCAUCCCGCUCAGUUUGAACGCUUGAGAUUACCUCUUUAUGCAUAUCACUUAAUACCUAUCUAGUAAUUGUUCGUUUUUUCCAAGUCUCAUUAUUGAAACUCUCUUUGGACCCUAUCACAUGCCUUUUCUAAAUUGGAAAAUACCAAAUGAAGGGCUUCCUUUUUUUUUUCCCCCCUCUUUUUCCUCCUUGGUAGUUGGUACUUAUUUGUCAACCCUUUUAUGAGAAAAUAAAAUAAUAUACAUAAUUUUGAUGCA